UCAGUUUGGUUCAGUUCACUUUUGUCGUUGCCGUCUUCGUUAUCCAAUAGUUCAAUAGUUUAAGUGCGGGUGGAUUUAUUUUCUCCUUUAGCGCAGUGGCGAAGGGAAAAGACAACUUGAAACUCAAACAAAAAAGAAAAAAAAUAUAUCACAACAUUUUUGAUGUCACACAGACAAUUUAUCUCUUUUCGCAUUAAAAAGGACGAAACGAAUACACAGUGAGCAAGGAGUAUUAGACAUCAUCACCUUAAAGUGGUUUUCCAACGUUAUAUACACCACCUACAUUCCUUGCUAUACAUAUACAUAAAUAUAUAUGUAGAUACCAUUUUUCUUCUUCUUUUUUUUGUAUGCAUCCUUUGUCCUUUGCUGUACGUUUUUCUACUCAUUACUCGUCGGUAUUGUCACUAAGUCGCAUAUAGGUCCUUCUAUACUCACAGAGGACGACGACGUUUCGCAUAAUUGCAAAAAAAAAAAAAUAUAAUAGAUCCUCGGUAAACUUAGACAAAAAUAAAAGUUUAAGGACUAUCUUAGUUCUUUGUUCGUAGUUAUCCUUUUUAUAUGAUUCCAUGAUCCGGGUGUGUGUGUAGUUGAUGGUGUUUGAUGUAUAUAAGUGCAAGUGGUUACAUAAAUAAAUUAUUGAUUAAUUAGAAGUGAAAGGAGUAAACUUAACAGUUUAAUUGUGCAAAGAGAGACACCUCGUUGCUGCCGCACCUGCAAGGACGUCACACUUUGAAGAAAAAAGGAAAAUCCGAUUUGUGUUCGAAGGAAAUAGUUUGUCGCAAUUCUGUUUUCGUACCGCAAGCAGAAUAGAGACUUAAGAAAAAUGGCACAGGAUACGAAAAUUCCAACGUCGCACGUGACAUUUGUGGGAAUUCUUAUCUUAAUCACACAAAUCCUGGCAGAGAACGGAAACCUUAACAGUCAACUUCAGCGACAGCAGGCAGGUACUGCUACUGACGUUCCACCAGCAGUACCAUUUGCAUUGGAUGCGAUAAAUGGAGGAGUCGAACACAUCAGUGGCAGCACAAAUCAAAUGCAAAAUUUACCCUCUGUGAAUUCGGCUCCAAUUCUACCCGAACAAGGUACAUCCCCAGCAUCACCAGCAUCACCGAGCAUGUCGAAUCCUUCACUAUCUACAGUCACGCAAUCUGGUACGACGUCACCCAGUUCUACACAAGUACCACCACCAACCUCCCAAAUACAAGAGAACCCAAGUGACAACCUCACCGAACCGAUAAUCGGCGAACAUGUGAUGAUGGGUUCUGCUGGUCCUGAUAAACGUGAGCUGGAAGGUAUUCUUAAGGCUUUGGAUUGGUUGAAGGAGAAGCGUGCUUCCGACUACGGUUGGGGCAAUGACACACACAUGGUAAUCUUGGCCAAGGAAUUGUCAGGAGCCAGAGACCCAACCGACUCAGAUGGACAUUUGCAAGUGAUUGAAGAUUUGGAGAACACCUUGUCUGUUAAGGAAAUGGAAAUCGAAAUUCUCGCUAUGCUUGACCGACACCAUACUUUACCGAAGCCUAUGAAUCUAGACAAGUUGGCGAGAUAUGUUCUAGCACUGGGUUCACUUUGCAAAGAUCCCAAAAGAUUCCACGGACAUGAUUUGGUGGUAACUCUUCAGCAUCAUGAGCCAGCACAGGAUAUUGAGUUUGCCUUGACCACUUUGUCUGCCUGCAGCUCAGCAGCUCAUGUUAGAAAACGUCAGAUCCGACGGCUCUUGGAUAUUGCCAGUGGAGUUACUGAUCAGAGCGUUGACACCAUUGCAAUGGUUAUCUUGGCCUUGCGAUGUAUUGUAACAGACCACCGACACCGACAUCUACAGCAUUUCGUUCGGCGUCCGGCGAGGGGACUUGCCAGUCUGCAAGACCUUAGGGGUGGCUUUGGUUCACUACGCAGCACGGCGCUAGCAAUGCAAGCACUCCAGGAUUUAGAACGUGAUCCAGCUGGUUCCUGGAAUCGGACAGCGGCUUCCAGAUGGAUUUUGAGUCGUCAACGAUCAGAUGGUGGUUGGACUGAGGAACCUUUGCAAGAUGGCCAAGAUCCAAGCAUUGGUGUUGGCUUAACUGCGGAUAUAAUUCUAGCUCUUGGUUGGAAGGGUUUGGGGGCUGUUCGAGCUCUUCAAUGUGAUCAUGUUAUUCGAGAGAAUAGCGAUUCGCUUUCAGAAAACGGAGAACCUAAAUUGGCCCUUCCAUUUGGGCUCACAUCAUCAGCCGAAGAAUCUGACACGAAAAACGUCUCUUACACGUACACACUUUGGGUGGGUUCUAACGUGACUGAGGCGUUUUCACUUUCCCUAGUCUCUGCAAAGAAUACAAGCUUCUUCAAGGCUAUGACGCAAGCUGCUGAAAUCGAUACAAGAUUCAACUUCGAAGCAAGAGAAUGGCCAAAUGGUCACUACAUUCACACACUAGCGGGCAAAAAGGAAGAGCCUAGGGGGUACAAUUAUUGGCUACUGUACCGCCUACCAGAGCUACCCGAUCCCAAUAAUCCACCAGGAAAUCAGCUGAUAGCACCUGUGGGAGUUGAUGAACUUAUGGUGGAAGAUGGAGAACAUUACCUUUACUGGUACAAAAAACUUUAAAUGAAAAACAUUUCAAAACUAAAUACUUACCAAAAAUAUAAAUAAAUAAAUAAAUAAAAAAAAAAAACAAAUGCAAUAAUUUAAGCUAAUUAAAUCUAAAGAAAAAAAAAAACAAAAUAAAUGAAAACAAAGAAACAAAACACAAAAAUCAAGUUCCGCGCUUUUAAAUGAACAAAAAACAUAAAAAUAAUAAAACAUUAAUUGCAAACAAAGUGUUUUAGACUUUAUUUAAAAUAUUUUUUUAUUAUUUUACAAAAACAAAAAUGAUAAAACACUGUGUACGUAAAAUAAAUUUAAAAUAAAAAAAAAA